CAGUUUAAAGGGCGCUAACUGCCAGAGAAAGUUCAAAGGGAAGAACUGCCAUUAGUCUCUUUAGUAGUGUCUGGUAUGUGUGAGAGAAACCCCGGGGAGAAAAUGGCACUUGAGAAACUUAGGAAAGAAGACACUCUGGAAAUGAGGAAGCGAUUAAUCGGGCAGUCGUGUAGACUGUUUUAUUCAGACGACCCAGUGAAAAUAGUGAGGGCGAGAGGCCAAUACCUAUUCGAUGAAAACGGCACGCGCUAUCUGGACUGCAUCAGCAACGUCCAUCACGUGGGCCACUGUCACCCCAGCAUCACUGCAGCUGCGGCGGCACAAAUGGACCUGCUGAACACAAAUUCCCGGUUCCUGCACGACAACAUGGUCCUGUUCGCCGACCGCCUGAGGGCCACCCUGCCCGAGAAGCUGUGUGUGUUCUACUUCGUUAACUCUGGUUCAGAGGCCAAUGACCUUGCCCUACGCCUGGCACAGCAAUACAGCCAUCACGAGGACGUCAUUGUGCUUGACCACGCAUACCAUGGGCAUCUCACGUCCCUCAUCGACAUCAGUCCGUACAAGUUCCGGAAACUGGCGGGACAGAAAGAAUGGGUUCAUGUGGCCCCGUUACCAGACACCUACAGGGGCCUUUACAGAGAGGAUCACCCCGACCCCGGGCGAGCAUACGCCGAUACGGUCCAACGCCUGAUAGAGGAGGUGCACAGCAAAGGUCGUAAGAUCUCGGCCUUCUUUGCAGAAUCGUUGCCGAGCGUUGGAGGACAAAUCAUUUUACCCCAAGGGUACUCGGCUAAAGUCGCAGAGUACGUGCGGGCAGCAGGUGGAGUGUUCGUGGCGGACGAGGUGCAGACCGGCUUUGGUCGUGUGGGGAGUCACUUCUGGGCCUUCCAGCUGCACGGAGAGGGCUUCUGUCCCGACAUCGUGACCAUGGGGAAACCGAUGGGCAACGGGCAUCCCCUGGCAUGCGUGGCUACCACUUUAGAAGUAGCUGAAGCUUUCACAGCUAAUGGAGUGGAGUACUUCAAUACGUUUGGAGGGAAUCCGGUGUCCUGUGCAAUUGGCCUUGCAUUGCUUGAUGUAAUCGAGGCAGAGGACUUGAGAGGAAACGCCAUCCGCGUGGGAGCACAUCUUAAAGAUUUGCUAAAAGAAAUACAAUCACGACAUCAAAUUAUUGGCGACGUGAGAGGCGUGGGCCUAUUUGUGGGUCUCGAGCUGGUUACAGACCGGCAGCACAAGACUCCUGCCACAGAAGCUGCAGCACUUGUGGUGAAGAGGUUAAAAGCAGAAGACAACAUCUUUGUGAGUACAGACGGCCCGUGGGAAAGCGUGGUGAAGUUUAAACCUCCCAUGUGUUUCAGUAUGGAGGACGCAGAGCUGGUGGUACGAUGUAUUGACCGCAUCCUCACAGACAUGGAAGCCAGUGACAGUUAAACCGGAAAAGGAAGACAUCUAAGGCGCCCAGUGCCAUUUACAGGCAUCACGUCCAUACAAUGAGAUGGAAGAGUCUCCAGCUAUAGGACAUCAUCUAUGCAACAUGCUAAUGGAACACUAAUUCUGUCUUUUAAUCAAGAACCCAAUAAAUCGUUUUUUAAUCCUGA